GGAGAGAGAGAAAGAGAGAGAGGCAGAUUCGGAGGUCCACAGACAGCAGCGGCGUGCAGAGUGCAGCAUGCAGACUGGCCAUUGACGCUGCAGUUGGAUUGAACACACAUGCACAGACACACACACCCCUGAGGAGUGUAUGAGACAUGCCCAGGCUGCUGUCCAUGGACACACACACACUGGCAGGGCACCAGAGAGGAAAUACAGCAGACCCCCGAGCCUGAGGAGCUAUGGAGAGCAGCAUGUUUUUUGGUAACACAUGUCAAAAUGGCCUCAUGCCCACCCUGGUGCGUCCCACCCUGCCUGCUGUCCAGACCUCUCUGGGCAUGAAGCAGUUUCUCCCGUUUCCAUUGGAUACGGCCUCGGCGGUGAGCCUGUUCCCAGGAUUCAACGCGAUGGACCCCGUGCAGAAAGCCGUCCUCCAUCACACCCUCGGCCUCCCUCCCACCGCAAAGAGGAAGCACGUCUCCUGCAGCGUCUGCCAGCUGAGGUUCAACUCACAGAGCCAGGCCUUGGCCCACUACAAGGGGACCAAACAUGCCAAGAAGCUAAAAGCCCUGGAUGCGCCGAAGAGUAAGCUCAAAGGCUCAGUGGUCACCAAGGAAACCGCCAACCAGGAGAUCGCCAAGGGCAUCAACGCCUCGCAGGUCCCCAACGGCACCGACAGGAAAGAUGGCGUUCCUGGAGCCGUGCCUCUACCGCUCUCCCCUGUGCUCAGACCGGCACUACCCUUGGCAUCCUUGACAACCCUCACGACGCCAACUCCGGCACCUGCGGCCUCACCGAUAGUCCCGAGCACCACGGCGGCCCCGGCACCGGAGACUACCUCAGCUGCUGGAGGAGACUCAACUCUCAACUCACCCUCAGAACCAGACGUGGAGCCCGAGGCCGAACCCGAGGCGGAGACGGACACAGAAACAGAGGAGGAGAAAGCUCGACGUCUUCUGUACUGCUCGCUGUGCAAAGUGGCGGUCAACUCGGCGUCACAGCUCGAGGCUCACAACAGCGGUACGAAACACAAGACGAUGCUCGAGGCCAGAACCGGCGUGGGCUCCAUCAAGUCUUUCCCCCGACCGGGAGUCAAAAGCAAACUGGCUACAACCACCAAAUCAUCAACGGGCCUGCAGAACAAAACGUUUUACUGUGAGACGUGUGAUGUGCAUGUCAACUCAGAGACUCAGCUAAAACAGCACAUUAGCAGCCGACGUCAUAAAGACCGAGCAGCAGGUAAACCAGCCAAACCUAAAUACAGCCCCUACAGCAAACCGCAGAAAGGCCAGCCCAAGCAGCCGAUAAAGUUGUCUCUGGGUAAAGAGCGCCAGUGUCCGCCUCUGACCACGCAGAUCCUCCCCGCUCACCUGGCGGCGGUGGCAGCAGCCGCCGCCAUCGGCAACACAUUCACACACCGCACAAACCACGCCACUAACCACGCCCCGACCCCCGCCCUCUUCCAGACACAGACCCUGACCGCUGCACUGCUGCGCCCGGCCCCCGGGCCUGUCAGGACCUCCCACCCACAAGUCCUCUUUGCUCCUUAUUGACCCCGGCGAGUGUGCGCCACCUCCCGUCAAGGACCAAACCACGUGCUUCACCCCGACCAGGCCAAGGAGUCGUGACAGCCGCACUCCUUCUAUGCACCCAGGAGCAUCCUCUCACCUCUCCUCGUACGGAUUAUCCCACAUUUCAACCUAAACUGGACCGCAGCGAAGCAUCGAGCGCUUUCCCCUGAUGGAUUUAUUUCUCUAAUCCCACCGGGCUGCAGUGUACAUGCUCUCUGUGCCAUCCUGCAGCUCGAGGCUCAGACCUGGACCCCGGACCACCCCAGACCUGGACCUACAUUGUACCGCAAUAAUGUAUAAGACUAACCCCGUGAACUAUGCAGUGUCAUUACUUCAUGAUGCAAGGCACAGUUUGAGCUAAAAUACGGUAGGGAUCUGCUUUUUGUAAAGAUACAGCGCGGCACUAAGAUCAUUGCUUUGGCGGAGGAUUACUGUCGCUCAUAACUUAAAAGGCUGUGACUGAUCUUAAGAGCGAGUAAGGCCCGCCUCUGUUCCUGUAUGCACUUUAAGCCCCUCCUCUGUUGAUGUCUACAUUAGAUGGCUAGGCCGUGUUAGAUUGUUAGAGUACGUGUCGUGACGUGUGUUUUUGUAUCUGUCCUCGCAUAUCUGUAUGUGUGUGCAAGUGUGUACUUCUGCAUGUGUGCUUGUCCAUGUGUGUAUGAGCGUGUGUGUGUGUGUGUGUGUGUGUGUGUGUGUGUGAGAGAGAGCUUUCCCUCCACCAUAAGCCAUCCUAGUUGAUAUCCAGCACACAUUGUCACUGACCGUGUCUCGGGCCAGAGGGACCACAAAGGCUUGUGUAUAUUAACUGUCAGUGUGUAUAAGGUGAACAAUUUCAAAUAAAAAGAGUCCUAAUUUGUUAAUAC